GCUUUGGCACUCAAAGUCUCACACUCAUUCUCUCUUCACCAACACCAUAGGAACAAGCAAGAGUUAACCAAUUAUUAUCAAAAUCAUGCAGGAGGAUAAGAAGAUGAAAGUGAAGAAGGGAUGGCUUGCAGUUCAAGUGGGUUUAGAGGAGGAAGAAGAAGGUGGUUCUUGCGCUCAGAAAUUUGUCAUACCUAUCUCUUAUCUUUACCAUCCACUUUUCAAGCGUCUUCUCGACCAAGCUUAUGAUGUUUAUGGCUACCAUACCAAUGGUCCUCUCAAGCUUCCAUGUUCUGUGGAUGAUUUCCUUCAUCUUCGAUGGCGAAUUGAGAAAGAAUCUCCUAACCAACAUAACCAUAACCACCAUCAGCAUCGUCUUCCUCAUGCUCUGAUUUUCCACUCUUGUUGACUCAAAAUUUAGAAAUCUUUCUUUCUUAUUUGCCCUUUUAAACACUGCUAUGAUUGGAUAUUUGAAUAGCUUUUAGUUUUGUUUAGGGAAUUGAUAUGAUACCGCUCUGUAAUUUUUACUGCCAGAGAGAGGGAAAGUUGAAAAAAGGAAUAGUACUAUGGUUGGAGACAAAUCUUCAUAAGCAGAGAAAACAUGUCUAGUGUUUGUUUGUGAUUGUAUGUUUUUGUGUUUUGGUUAAUUUGCUGGGACAUGGUCUGGAGAGAAUAUUGAUGAAAUGAAAUUUUAUUAUUUUCUCCUAA